AUGGCAACUCUUGAGGAAGUUCUCGAAAUCCAGAAGCAGCGUCACAUCCUGCAAGCCCCUACCUCGAGCAAGGCAGCCCCUGCAUUCACGACGGCGACUGCUCCGACCCUGGACAUCGCGCUGGAGAACACCACCGAUUCGUCGAAUUGCUGGGCCUACGUUACGGGUCUGGACAUCAACAAGAACAAUACCGUCUUCAUCCUGCAGAGCGAUGGAGUCACUCCAUACUAUCCCGCAUCGCCCGGGGAUGUGGGGUCCCCCCUGCAGCAGGACUGUCACAUCAAGCUCGGAGCGCCCGGAUCGACUACACAAGUCACCAUCCCGCAGCUUGCCGGCGGUCGUAUCUGGCUAUGCCGGGAUUCGCAACUCAGGUUUUUACUAAACCCCGGACCGGCCGUAGUGGAACCAUCGGUGACGAACCCGAGCGACCCGAACUACAACCUCUACUGGUCCUUCGUUGAGUUCACCUUCAACGACUUCCAGCUGUUCGCCAACAUCACGUACGUCGACUUCGUCGGCAUGGCCAUCUCGAUGACGCUCGAGAACCAGUCCGGCCAGAUCCAGAGCGUGCCGGGAAUCCCAGCCGACGGCCUCGCGACCGUCUGCUCCAUGCUGCAGGACCAAGACGCCAAGGACGGCGCCGGCUGGAGCAAGCUCAUCAUCAAGCACCCGUCGACGGGCGCCGACCUGCGGGCCCUGUCGCCCAACUCGGGCAUCGUCAUGGACUCCAGCUUGUUUGAGGGCUACUACCAGCCUUACGUCGACGCCGUCUGGGCCAAGUACUCGUCCGACACCCUCAUGGUCGACACGCAGAACCAGUGGGGAAUCGUCAACGGGCAGGUGACAAACGGCGAGCUGACCUUCGCCGACGUCGGCAGCUACGCGCAGCCGAGCGCGCGCGACAUCUUCGCGUGCAACAGCGGGCCCUUCGCCGACCGGGCGGACGACAGCAACAAGGAGGAGAUGGGCAACAUCACGGCGCGCCUGGCGGCGGCCUUCAACCGCAGCACCCUGCUGGUCAACCCCCGCCAGCCCGACGGCGAGGCCGUCGCCACCUACUACGCCGACCCCGUCACCAACCACUACUCGCGCGCCGUCCACGAGGUCGCCGGCGCCGGCAAGGGCUACGCCUUCCCCUACGACGACGUCGCCCCCACCGACGACGCAAACGUCGCCGGCACCGUCUCCGACACCGACCCCAAGCUGUGGACCGUCUCCUUUGGCGGGGGCGGCGUCGCCGCCACCUCCUCCGCCCGCCGCACCUCCCGCGUCUCCGUCAGCCAGAUCGCCCGCUCCGGGGGGUCGGGCCGGCAGCACGUCGGGAGCGGGUUGUCCCGUCGCGACCCCAUCGAGCUCUCCGCCACCACCGCCGAGGACGAGAAAACCGCCCUCGCCGGGCGAGACGACGCCGCCAACACGGACCUCGAGAAGGGCCUCGCCAAGCUCCUCCUCGCCGCUGCCGACAAACCCAACAUCACCGACGCAGACGCCGAGACUCCACAACGCCACCACCCCGUGCGCGCGCUGCUGCGGCGUUUCGGGCUCGGGCUCGGGACGACGCGCGCCCCGCGGCGGCCCGCGCUGGAUGCGCUGGUCGCUGCGGCGGCGGAGCUGAUCCGUGUGGCUGUGCGGUCGGCGGUCGGGAGGGCGGUGGUUGUUGCUGUGCUGGUGCUGGGGUCGUUUGUGCUGGGGGUGUUUUGGCCUGGCGGUGGGGAGAUUGGUGCUGGUGCUGGUGGGGUUGUGGGCGGCGGUCUUGGGGGUUGA